CUGCUUCCUGGCUACUUGCUUUUAUUCACCCUCUUUAUAUAUGCUUUCCAAAGCUUGAAGAGUUGCCAUACAACGGAAAAAAAAAAUCAAACAAAAUAAUUUUUCUGAAGUUCCUUAUAUUAAAUGCUGAUUAUUUUCCAUUUCUAAAGGCAGUUCUUGAUUAUCCUUCUUGGGGUUUCCUUUUUUUUUUUCUUAAGCUACUGUAAACUCAGAGAAGAAGAAGAAAGAGAAAGAGAAAGAGAAACGAAUGGGUUGGAGCGGGGAGAGACGAAAAGUGGUUGUUACAUUUUUGAGAGUUUUGCUAGUGCUCCUGGCGGUGGUGCAAACGACGGCGUUUCAUGGGGUAAAGCUGAAGAAGCAGGAGCACCGGAACGCUUAUGCGACGAUGAUGUACAUGGGGACGCCGAGAGACUACGAGUUCUACGUGGCGACACGCGUCUUGAUCAGAUCGCUUGUUAAGCUCCAGGUGGACGCUGAUCUCGUCGUCAUUGCCUCCCUCGACGUUCCCCUCCGUUGGGUUCGUGCCCUGGAACAGGAAGAUGGAGCAAAGGUGAUGAGGGUGGAGAACAUUAAUAACCCUUACAAGAAUCAGAAAAAUUUUGACAAGAGAUUCAAGUUAACACUGAACAAACUAUAUGCCUGGAAGCUGGUGGAUUAUGAAAGAGUGGUCAUGCUAGAUGCUGACAAUCUCUUCCUCCAGAAAACUGAUGAAUUGUUCCAGUGUGGGCAGUUUUGUGCAGCCUUUAUCAACCCCUGCAUCUUUCAUACUGGCCUCUUUGUGUUGCAGCCAUCAUUAGAGGUGUUCAAAGACAUGAUUCAUCAGCUGGAAACUGGUAAAGAAAACCCUGAUGGUGCAGACCAGGGUUUUAUUGGUGUCUACUUCCCGGACUUGCUCGACCAGCCAAUGUUCCAUCCACCCCUAAAUGGAACGAAACUAGAUGGGCAAUACAGACUUCCUUUGGGUUAUCAAAUGGAUGCUUCUUAUUACUAUCUUAGACUUUGCUGGAGGGUACCAUGUGGACCUAACAGUGUGAUCACUUUCCCUGGUGCACUAUGGUUGAAGCCAUGGUAUUGGUGGUCUUGGCCUGUCCUGCCUUUAGGCAUUCAAUGGCAUGAAAAUCGUCGUCAAACUUUAGGGUAUGCAGCUGAGAUGCCCAUUAUAAUAAUCCAAUCGGUUGUUUUUCUUGGAAUCAUCGUGAUGACACGUCUAGCACGCCCCAGCAUCUCCAAACUAUGCUACCGGCCCUCAGACAAAGGCACAACUUUGAUCCGAACUGGCCUAAAGAUUAUAGCAAUCUGGUCCAUCCUUGCAGCCUAUAUAGUUCCGUUCGCCAUUAUUCCUCGUACGAUUCAUCCAUUAGUAGGCUGGACAUUGUAUUUCCUUGGUUCGAUUGCGCUUUCCUCGAUAGCAAUUAAUUCUUUCAUGCUGCCAGUCAUCCCGGUUUUCGCGCCUUUGCUUGGGAUUUUUGGGUCUCUUUUGGUCAUGGCAUGUCCUUGGUACCCCAACGGAGUUAUAAGAGCUUUAGCCGUUUUCGGCUAUGCAUUUUGUUAUGCUCCCAUUGCUUGGGGUUCAGUGGUUAGGGUCGUGUCACGUCUUCAGGUCUCACUAGAAAGAGAACAGUUUUUCCCAAGAUUGGGUGAAUCUUCACCACCUUCCGGCUGCAACAAGUUGUAUUGAGACUUACACAAGGCAUACAGCAAGGAGACAAGGACGAUCGACAGAUUUCUUUUUUUCUGAAAAAAGAAUAGCAUUUGACAGAAUUGGAAGACUUUUGAGGGGAUUGGCAGGUUCAGUCUACGUUGUACAUUUAAAAAACAGAUGAUACAUAUUUGUGAUUAUAGGCUUUUCAAUAUUUAUUUCCCGGGAUAUUAUCCCCUUGAAAGGGUUAUUAUAGGAAAAGCUUGAUUCUUGUU